UAUGGAUACACAAGAGCCAGAGGUUACCAAGCAACCUGAAGAAACUAAGAUCGAUGACAAGCUUCCUCCUGUUAUUACAAACCUGAAGGAAGAUUUCAAGCAGCUUGAUAUAAACCCAGAGGGAUCCCCUGAUUUGGCCCAGAAAGUCCAAAAAGGACUUUUAGUAAUCCUCCAGAGUGUUUUCAGUACUAAAAAUAAGUCAAAAGAGAUAUCAGAGAAGAUGCCUGAGCUAGAUGAAGUUCAUAUAGAUUGUGAGGAAUCGAUCAAGAUCUUUGAAGAUCUUAAGAGAAUUAAUAGCAUCUUGUUGAACAAAAUGAUCUGUGAGGUAAUCUGGAUACUCACCUUUAACAUCAAAGAUCUCUGUGGGCCAGCUGAUAAGAAAGAAGACGCAGCCCAGUCAGACAAUGAGUCUAAGAAGAAUAUUAGACAGGCUAUUAUAAAGUUUAUUGAAAAUGGUCUAGUGACCCUGGAAACGAUCCAGGAAGAGCUUGAAGAGGAUGCUUUGAUAGAACUAGAGUUUUUCUCCAAAGACAAUUAUGUCUCAAAAAGAAAUAAAAUCAGGACUAAUAUGCUAUACGAGCUUAAGAAAUUCAACCUCUUCCGAGAGGAAAAUGAAGGAUAUGCAAGAUUAAUCACUGAGUUAGUACAGCCAAAUGUUAGGAGUGAUAACAUUGAGACAAUUAUUGAUAACAUUUUCUCCUUAAUUGGAUUCUUUAGACUUGAUCCAAAUAGAGUUAUAGAUGUAAUCCUGGACUGAUACUCCUUCCACCCUGACAACGAUUGCUUCCAGAAAAUCCUGUUCAGGUUUAUACAGAAGAAGCGAGAUGAGGAUUCUUUGUCGUCAAUAUCACAUAUUUUGAGAUUUAAGAUUAAGAAUUCUUAUGAGCACAAGAAGGUUCCUGAAAGGCUCAUAAAGUUAGCAGCUUACUUCAUUAAGAACGAAGAAAUUUCUCUUGAAGAAAUCCUGGAAUUUGAUGAAAAAGAUAACCCUCUUCUUAAUAAGAAUCUGAACACACCAGCUGGGCUCACAGUUGGGGAGAUUAAGAAAAUCUCUGAGAAGGCAAGGAACCCUCUUGCAGACCUGAACUACCUCAUUAUUGAUAAGCGUCUCAAGGCUGAAGAGUACUAUAAAGAUGCCCAUACUAUCAAGCUAACUCAAUUGUCCUCUCAAGAGAAGGAGAAAGAGAAACUGAGGGCUAAGGAAUCAUUACUCAGGACUUAUGAGAAGAACUUCCAGCUACUUCUGCUUUCUAACCUUGUCAAGCUCAAUUGUUGGAGAGAUGUAGAGAUCAUGACUACUAUUCCACUGACAUAUCUCAGUAAUAAGUUUGAGAAUGUUAGAAAUGACUCUAUUAUUGAUGCUAAGUGGCAUAGAGGCCUCUGUCAAAACCUUUGCGACCUGCUGAUGUGGUGUAUAGAUCCAAUGUAUAAGAAGAUUUCUCCGGUUACAAAGUUCAAUAGACCUUACAAAAAGUUACCUCAGGAGUUCACUUCGAAUAGUUGGAACCCAGAACUUUCAAUUUGCCAAGUAAAUACAGUAGAAGAGCUGUUUGUUGAAUUGCCCAAAAUCAUGAGAGUUCUCGGUGCAGGAAUCUCAAGUGAUCUCAUAUGUUUUACCAAGCUGAUAAGAUUACUAUGAAGCUGCUUCAAGAAACCUAUAAGUGAAGAAUAUAAGGAUAUUCUCCAAAAUAUGUUAAAUUUUUCGUUCCUACCAGCUCUGAGCAGCAUUGAGAGCAACCCUGGAAUUUCCAACAUGAUAUGGGAACUAUUACAAGUUUAUUCUUCUCGAGAGAGAUAUGAAAUCUAUGAUUUCUGGUUCAGGAUAGGAUCAAGCAUGACUUGUGAAUCAGUGUGCCAAAUGUGCACAACUGAAAAAGAAACACUAGACUGGUGUAAAAGAGUUAACAACGAAAAGGCUAAAGAAGCUGGAAGACUUUUGAGUAGAAUCUCAUGCAGCAAUCCUCUUGUUUCCUUUGAUAUUGUUAUUAGUAACAUUAGAGCUUACAGAAAUCUUACCGAUCCUACCUUGAUAGCUCUUAACUACUGAUCCCAACUGAGUUUAGACUGUAUCGCAUUCACCUUGGUUAGGCAGAUAAUGGACUUUAAGACUGAGAAGAUCGAGAAGACAGGAACUUUAUCUGCAUGGCUUCAAAACAUCACUUCCUUUGCAGGGCAAUUCUUCAAAAAGCAUCAUAAUGUUGACCUGAACGCUAUCUUUGUAUUCCUGCUCAAUCACAUCAAACAAGGCUUCGUUCCUGAGAUGAGUCUGUUAAGAGAUAUUGUAAUGUUCAUGUCAGGGUGGGUGACCCUAGAUCUCACUGAAAUGACUCAAAAUCAAAUAGAAUGUCUUGCUGGAGGAUUUUUACUGAGAAUUGAAGCUUCAGAGUAUACUGAAAAAUUGAGAUCCUCAAAAUAUUCUGAAAGAGCUCUAAAAAGAGCACUAUAUGAAAUCACGCCUUAUUGAUAUAGAGAAAAUGAGGAUGGAGAGCUCAAGCAGGGAAACUUCUCAUUUGCAUUCUUAUUUAUGGUUCUAGUAGGAGUUACUAGCAAAACUGUGCUUUAUUGCCACGAUAGUAGCCAGCUAAGAUUUUUAAGCUCCAGACACGAUGAUUUGCAUAGUAUUUUCAUUCAAAUCAAUGAGUUCUUGAUGUUUGCUGAGAAACAUCCUUCAAGUUAUGAACAGUUAUUACCAACGAAUCCUUUACAUGUCUUGACCAGGACAUUCGGAAUGCAUCCAGAACAAGUUUUCACUACUAUCAGACACUGCUUAAAGCCAUUAUAUGAACUUUCACCAGAAGAAUUCAAGGCAAAAACUGAAGAAUUUAAGGAUGUCCUAGAUUAUCAUCUGUCAGAGAAUGCUAAAUGUAUUGGAACUGAAUGAUCGAAUGAUUACUUUACUGAAAAGGAGUACCUGAUAGAUCAAAAAAAUAAAGUUUGGAACUUCAUCACUCCAGAACUUUACACUCUCUUCUGGUAUCUCCAAUUGUCAAAUAUCCAUUGCCCGAUUGACAAGUAUAAAUCUACUACCGAGAAAAUACAAGCUAGACCAGUCGAAGACAGUGAGAGCAACAAGAAGAAGAAAUCUAGAAUUAUGAAGAAUAAAAAGAGAUCUAUUCAGGCCUUGAAAGAUGAAAGAGACGGUAUUCUGAAGAAUAUCGAGCUACAUGAGACUUACAUCAAGGGAAUUUGUGAAAACCUCUUUUCCUCGAUUCUAUCCAAGAACAUUCUCUACAUUAGGGUGUAUGUAAUCCAGUACCUGAUUCACCCAAGAAUGGUGUUUUCUCCAAGAGAUGCUAUAUAUGUAAUCAAGUUCAUGGUGCUGCUUACCAAGCUGAAGACGCCUUAUUUCAACUUGAUUGGUCUGAUAGGAUUUUUACUCAAGGAAACAUUACCAUACAUCCUAUGCUGCACAGAGAAAGAAUCACAUAACUUCGGUUUGUUCUUCCUUGAGUUAUACAAAACUCUCAAUCACUGGCAAAUCAGAGAGAUUUGGGACAAAGAGUGCUAUAAAACGCCAGGUUUUUACAAGAAAAUUGUGAAAGAUGAAUCUAAUAAGGAAGAGGAUAAGGAUAAUAAAGAGAAUUCAGACAAACCAAGGCCAGAGAUUAUGUCUUAUAACGAAUUUUUAAAGGUCCAUAAUACCCUUGGCAAGAAGAUCCUUGAUAUUGUCAAAAUCUGUCUCAAGAGAGAUUAUAUGGCUGCAAGGAAUGCAAUUGUGAUGCUGAAGAAACUUGAGACAGUGUACCCAACAGAGAAGAACAGUAUUGAUAAAAUUAAAUAACAUGAUGGAAGACCUGAUCAACACUUGUGAAGAAGAUGAUCUUAAGACCCUAGCCAAUGCGUAUAUCUCCAUUUUGAACAGAAAGAUAAGAGCAAAUGAGCCAAAUAAUAUGGAAAAAGGGCAGAUAAAAGAAGAUAUUAAGGGAGAUAGCCAAAGAAAAAGAGAUGAUAAGUACCACUCUAAGUCAAAAUCCAGAGAAAGACCAAGAUCUCGUCACUCGAACCGAGACAGCAGGUCUCCAACUUCAAGGGAUAGAAGCAGAAGUCAAGCUAAAAGAGAUAGGAAGAGUAAGUCUCCCAGAAGAAGUGAUAAGAGGAGUAAAUCCAAAGAUAUGAAGGAUAGCAGAAAAAGGCAGAAGAACUAAUU